UCAAUUUUGUGGGUAUUUAUUUUCUUCCUAUUACAUCAUCAUUGACACAUUGACUGUUUAGGUAUGGGACGAGAAGAACUUUGAAGCUGAUCAAAUUGAUGGAAUGGAUAAUAAUAUAUUCUCGAUCUGAAACACUGGAGAUGCAUGCACACCGUCUGCGAUCUAAAGCUUCGAGAAUCCAAGAGAGAAGACAUCAUUGGAAAUGUAAACACCAUUUUUGACAAGUGUCCUUCCACCUGUAUCAGGUUUCUCCCAUGCAAAUCCUCACUGUUUUACACGUAUGCCACAUUUCCUGACACCUUUAAGUUUAUUUAUAUUAGCCCUCCAUUGCCAAACUCUCUUGUCCUUACCCAAAAUCCUUAAGCUGAAGACAGGAAAAUUUGUUGAGUUUGUCUAGUUUUUCUCGUGUUCUGUCUGAGAGGGAAGAGAACAUUAGGAUGGCUACAGUAGGAAGGAACAUAGCAGCUCCUUUGCUGUUUCUGAACUUGGUCAUGUAUUUUAUUGUGCUUGGAUUUGCUAGCUGGUGUAUUAAUAGGUAUAUCAAUGGCCAGACUGCUCACCCCAGUAUGGGGGGAAAUGGAGCUACUGGUUUCUUCCUGACCUUUGCAAUCUUGGCUGCUGUAGCAGGCAUAGUAUCAAAAUUUGCAGGAGUGCGCCAUAUCAGGUCUUGGAGAACUGAUAGUCUAGCUGAAGCAGGGUCAUCUUCACUACUUGCUUUGGCCUUGACUGCAUUAGCCUUUGGGUUUGCUUGCAAGCAUAUAAACAUAGGAGGGUGGAGAGGAUGGAGACUGAGAAUACUCGAAGCAAUCAUAAUAAUCCUCACAUUCACCCAACUUUUGUAUGUCUUGUUGAUCCAUGCCGGUUUGUUCAGCAGCAGGUAUGGACCAGGGUACCAAGACGCUGACUAUGGCAUCCGUGUACCGGGAGAUGAGCCCAAGGCUGGCCCCGCAAUGGUAGGGUCUAGGAUUUGAAGGAACAUAGUUUACUUGAGUUGAUCAGUUCAAUAUGAACUUAUUACCAUUUUAAAUGUAGUAGUGUAAAUAGAGUUGCCGAUCUUUUCAUGUUCCUAUGGUGUAUGUGGCCAUGGAUUUGCAGCAUAUCUGGUGUGUAAUGUUCAAUGACUCUGGCCUUUUCUAAUGGUACAUUUGGUGUGGUUCAGUUGUUUAAAUGGUUAUUUGGAGAUUCAUUACUUCAAUGGCUUUAAAAUUUUA